UCGCUAUGAAUACCAACCCAUAGCCAUGGAUUCUCCGGGAGCAGUAAUAGUGCUUCUGACUGUCGUCUUGCUGUUUGUGACGACGCCGGCGACGACCGAGGCCGUGUGCAACAUGCCGCAGGCGGGGGCCGAUGCAUGCAAGCCGUCGGUGACUCAGCCGAACCCGACGCCGCCAUCCGCGGCGUGCUGCAAGGCGCUGGAGGCCGCCGACCUGAAGUGCUUCUGCUCGUACAAGAAUUCGCCGCUGCUGCCGAAACUGGGAAUAGACCCGGAACUCGCCGCCAAGCUGCCUGCCAAGUGCAACCUCAGCACGCCCGACAAUUGCUGAGCAAUUAUGAUUACCGUGUCGUUUUCUUUAACGAAUCAAAUGCUUGUUUGCGUCUUUCUUGUAAAUUUCCAGAAUCAAUGUUGCAUGAUUUAUCUUCCUUUA